GUUAACCUAAUUUUUUAUGGUAAAUAUUAUCCAAAUAUUUGGUAUCAUGAAAGACUUAAUAUGCUGCAACCAGGGUGACUUCAACAACAGGGAAGUAUCGAAGAUUUCAGUAGGGAUCUUUAUCACUUAUUCGCUACGAGGGUCCCCUAUGUUCAUUGCAGAUAUAGACUCCUGACAGCAAUAAUGAUCAAUCUGGGUGGGAAGGUGGCAUUUCUUUAAAACUCCGCCCAGGGCCGGGAUGAUUAAUUGACUUCGAGGUGCAGAGUGUCUCAGGGCAGAUGAAUUUGUUGAUCUGUUGGACUUGGGAUGUGAUCAUUAAAAGUAUAUUAUUAUAUAAGGGUGAGAUUGCAUGCGGAUUGCCGGGGUUUAACAAUGGAGUGAGUUGGGCAGAACCAAUACCUUUUCAGCAAAGUCGUAAUCAUAACUGCUUACUUUCCUCCACCUAAUCUCAAUAUCUAACGAGGAUUCUGUAUUUGUCUCUUUACUUUAAUCAUGAUGGAAACAGUUGCUCUCCCUCGUCACCUCAUAUGACUCAUAAUUGCUGUUUCUAAAUACCCGGUUCGACCCUUCGGGGUGUUUUGUCUUGACCCCACUCCAUGGACCAUGGUCAUUGUUUGAGACCCUGUUGGUGUUUACCUUAACAAUCUCCUUCUUCCUCUCCUGGAAGGUCAUUGAUGUUGGACGUGAGUCAUUAGUUUGUAUUACUACUAUUUUGGUCUAUAUUCUUCAUAGCCAUUACUAGUAUAGGAUUAACAAUUUAUCCUUGUCGUCAUUAAUUGUUUUCUAGACCUAGCAGUUAUGUUGCAAGGAAUCAAUGCGGGGUAGAUGACUCUUGUUCGGUUGCCUGUUUCUUUUUUCGCCUACCUAACUCGUCUAACUUCUUAAAACUGGCAAAUGCCAUCUUUUUGACCUCUUUUUCAUUUCUUCUUGUUUGUUGUCUCUACCAUCAGAGGAUGAAAUAUAUGCCAAGUGCUAAAAACUUCCAUUGUUAUUAGAAUGAAGCUUGGCAAUAACCGAAGCUGGAACUUUGAAAUGCAUUGCAUUGGACUUAGAAGAACUAAAAAGCAGAUGCUGGGUGCCAAUGGCCGGUCCGCUUCCUCUUCUUCUCCUUCCUCUUGGCACCUUUGUUCCUCCAGAAAUCUUGACGACGGGAAUCUCCAAAGUAUGCUAAAUAUAUCGCCUAGACUAUCCAUGUUAUCUAAUCCAGAUGCACUGUUGGAGAGGUCAUCACCUGACCAGGCUUCAAUGCACUGGAAUUCCAGAAAAGAAGUUUGUUAUUGCUCCAGUAAAUCUGUUGCUUCCAAUGGCACACCAGGGCCAAAGUCAUCUGUGAGACUGAGGAGGGAGAUUGCUGUACUUGAGCUCAAAAUUUUGCAUUUAGAACGUUAUCUUCUCGCAUUAUAUCGAACAGCUUUUGAAGAACACCUACCAACCUUAUCAAAUAAUGGUGGAAACCAUUUAGAAUGUGAGACAGAAUUACUGUUACCAAUUGUGGCAAAUGGGCACCACAACUUGGAACCGCGCAUGCAGAAAUGUGAUUUUGCAAAUCAUGACCAGCCUUCCCCUGCACAUGAUUCUUUCGUUUCAGAUGGCCAGAAUUGUCCCUCCAGUUUUAAUAUUGCAAUGUCUGUGAGGGAAGAGAAAUUAUCUGCUUCUGGUCAUCGCAGUCUUGCUGAUCACCUUGGUGCUUCUCGUAUGGAUAAGAGCCUUUACAAUCCAGACAGACUUUCUGAACAUAUAGUGAGAUGCAUAUCUUCUAUUUAUUGCAAACUUGCCCAUGUCCCACAAGCCCAUGCAGGCUUGUCAGCUUCUCCUGUUUCAUCUCUGUCCUCCUCAAGUAUAUUUUCUUCUAAAACUCCUUGUGAUAGUUGGAGUCCUCAUUAUACUGAGGCGUCCAAAGGAAACACUCAAUUUCAAGUCUCAAAAGAAGAGAGUGGACCACAUGCUGCAAUAAUAGAGGUUUCGAAAUUAAGUCUAGAUAAUGAUAGUUUCAAUUAUGCUGCCGAAAUGCUACAAAACUUCAGGUCAUUGGUCCGAAAUCUUGAGAAGGUUGACCCAAGGAAAAUGAAGCGUGAAGAGAAGCUUGCAUUCUGGAUCAACAUUCACAAUGCCCUGGUGAUGCAUGCAAACUUAGCAUAUGGAACUCAUAGUCAUGUCAAAAGUACCUCCAUAAUGAAAGCAGAAUACAAUGUUGGUGGAUAUUGCAUUAAUGCUUAUAUCAUCCAAACCUCCAUUUUAGGAAUUCGGCCACACCAAUCAGCACUGUGGCUUCAAACACUGUUUUCUCCAGGACGGAAACCUAAGGCAACAAGCACCAAACAUGUGUAUGCCUUAGAAUACCCGGAGCCCCUUGUUCAUUUUGCACUUUGUUUGGGAGCCUACUCUGACCCAAUGGUUCGAGUAUACACAGCCGAAAACAUAUUUAGAGAUCUCAAGCUUGCUAUGGAAGAGUUCAUUCAUUCUAGAGUCUACAUCCACAAGGAGAUGAAAAUUUUCCUUCCUAAAGUUCUUUACCACUUUGCAAAGGAUAUGUCACUGGACAUGAAGAAUGUAUUGGAGAUAGUUAGUGGAUGUGUAUCAGAAGAGCAACGUGAAUUUAUCCAGAAAUGCAUUAAGGGAAGGCCCGACAAGUACAUCCACUGGUUAUCUCAAAGUUCGAGUUUUCGGUAUCUCAUCCAUGGAGAACUGGCUAAAGAAGAAUGAGCGUUUGAUGAGUCCUUCCUCUGCACCUAAUAAGAGGAAAAUAAUGUGUCAAAUUAUUUUUGUAAAAUGCCUAAUAAAGUGUGUAAUAAGCUGUAUAGAGUUGUUGGAAAGAGAAACUUGUAAAAUCUUUGUUGGUUUUAGUUGAUGAAUCUUCCAUGUUUAUUGCUGCAAGCUUCACUGGUUGGUAUGCUUCUUUUUCAGCUUGUACUAACAUUUUAGGUUGGCACUUGGCAGUCAGUGCGUUAAAACUAAAUGUAAAACAUGCAGUGGGCAUGAAUUGCUAGUAGUGUAAAUGGAUGCCAUUAGCAUCUAUAGUUUUCUUUA